AUGCCGGCGGCAGCAAUGCCAGAUGACGGCCGCCAGGCCUCGACGGCAUCUCCAGCGAAGCCUGGGCUCGCUGCCAGCUCCGGCGUCAGCCUCGGCCACGGAAACAGCAAUAGCAACGCCAGCGCCGCGUCCCCUGGACACUUUAUCCGCCGUGCCAAAACCUUUGACGAGCCCUCGAUGCGGUCCGGAUCCAUGUCGCGACACUUUUCAGACUCGUCGUCCGAGGCGCUGCCCCGGAGGAGCUCCAACUUUUCCGAGUAUAGCCUGAACGAGGCACGCGACAUCCUCAACCCCCGUCCACACGCUCUCGGUGAACAGCCAUCUCAUCGGGAAUCAUCGCCGCUGGCUUUUCUAUCGCUGGCUUUUGCUUUUCUGCCCGCUGUUGCUGGUGUCUUUUUCCAGAAUGGCACCUCGGUCGUCACCGACAUCAUGCUCUUGGGCCUCGCAGCCAUCCUCCUUCAUUGGUCGGUGACGCAGCCAUGGCAAUGGUAUCACGCGGCCCAAGAAGUCCGUUUAUUCCAAGAAAACUCGGUCAACAUAUCCCUUGAGGAAGACAGCGAUCUCGACUCCCGGGGUAAACCCCCCAGCACUAGUGCACCACUUGACGAUGUGCCCGAAGAGCGAGAGGGAGAUGGCAUGGAUGACUCGAGCUCGGCAAAGAGGGAAGCUAGGGAGGAGCAGCAGAUGACGGAGCAACAGCAGGCUGCUCUGAAAGAGCUUUACCGCCAUGAAAGCCUUGCACUGGUAUCAUGCUUCGUAAUGCCACUGCUUAGCGCAUACCUCCUACAUUACAUCAGAGGGCAGCUCAGUCGGCCGUCCGAAGGGCUUGUUUCCAAUUUCAACUUGACGAUUUUCCUAUUGGCAGCUGAGCUGCGUGUGCUGUCACACAUGAUCACGCUGGUCCAGUCUCGAACACUACAUCUUCAAAAGGUUGUCCACGAAAACCCCUUUGGCCAGCAGGUUGGGGCCGAGACGCUAUUAGAAGAGAUGCUCAGGAGACUAGAAAGGCUUGAAAGUCGUUCAACAUCCCAGGGUCACGAAAUAGCUGGACACGGACAGACGCUGGACUCGACCGCGGCAACAAUCAGCCGAGAUGUGCGAAACACCAUUCAACCAGAGCUGGACGCUUUGAAUCGAGCCGUGAGACGAUAUGAGAAGAAGGCAACACUCCUCCAGCUUCAGACAGAAUCCAGAUUCUCUCAGGUGCACGUCAAACUGGACGAUGCCAUUUCUUUAGCCGCCGCUGCAGUGAAGAAUACAAACCGUCGGCGGGACUUUAUCCCUUGGGCCUGGAAAUGGAUCGUGGCGAUUGUAACGUUUCCGUUCAAAGCCCUUUUAGAGAUACUCGCUCUGCCGCUGAAGCCUAUCGUUGCGUUUGCAAACAGAAAUAAGCCACCAUCAGCCACGAGUCUACCGCCGUCUAGGAGUAGGGCGGGGAAGUCGCCGGCAUCGUUGAAAUAUAACGGCGAUCGAGUGCCGACGAGGCUGACCAAGAGAUGA